GUCAGUUUUGACCGUUUUGACAUCGAAUGCUUUGGGCAUAAUGUUUUCGUAGAAUUAUUAUUUAAAUGAAAUCUUAUGUAAUUUUAUAAAGCUGUCGUUAAAUAUGUUUGAAAUUACGACAGAUCGGAAAACACCCAGAAAUUGUGAUAGAUUCGAAAGCACCCAAGAUACAGGAAUGCGUUUGGAGUAGCUAGGCCUGUAAAGAUGAGUACAUUAAAAGGAUUGUUUGAGAGUCCAAAGCCUAAAAGCAGGAGAAAUUUCAUUUUGGAGAAUGUGAGACACUUGCGAGAAGCGCAAAGUUAUGUGUGUAACAAAGAAGAAAUGAACACAGUCUCUGGAAGGCCUAGAACAAAUAAAUUUGAAAAUAUGCCAGCAAAAGUACCUUCGUAUAUUAACGGUUCCCAGUCAAAGAAGAAGAAGAAGCAGAGCACCACAGAAGCCUCCAUGAGAAUUUCAGGAGUAUCAGAACUGCCAUGUAAAACAUUGGGAGGUAUUCGUUCAGGUUCAGUUCUGCCACGGGUUGGUAUAACACACAAGGAACAUGCAAGAGCAAAAGACUCUAUACCAAAGAGAAAUGGGCCCGGAAGGUACACAAAUAGUGCUGAAAUUCUGAGUGAUCAUGUGGCAGAGUCUGUUCAUCGACAGAGUACUGAUCUGUCACGCAAGGUUACAAAAGAAGUUGCUUCCUGCACAGAAUUAUCCUUAGACAUGUCUGAUAUUUCAUCAGUGGACAUUGCAAGUGAGCCCAUUGAAUUCACUGGCAGCAGAAGUGUGGGGUGUCAGACUGUUGAUCCAAAGAACUUUGAAGAACUGUACAAUGUGGGGGUGAUCAAGUAUCCAUCAACCAGAAAGAUUCCUGGAACUAAGUUAAGGCAUUCAGAAAAGAAGCUUCCCACAUUUGAAAUGGAGCAGCAGACAGACAGGGCACAAAGUCGUGACAACAGGAUACACAAUACAACUGGCGACAGGCUGAUACCUGAUGGGAGUGACGAUCCUGACAUUCAGAAAUUAUCACUGUAUGAGCACAAACAGGAUGUGCACGAGCAUCAAGAAGUGGGACCUGGAACUGAUUACAUAAAAAUGAAUGUCAUGUCUGUGAAGGCAAGACAGAGGACUGUUGAAGCGGCAAGUGAUCCUUUGAAACCCCCUUCCACCUACCAGAAAGGGGUCAUCCCAAAGUAUCUACAAGAACGCCGUGAGGCCUUGCAAAAGGAGGCAGAGAAGCAAGAGCGAGAUGUUCCUGAUCCAGCUUGUCCGCCAGGACAUGUAACCCUCCAAGACUCAGACAGGAAGGAAACUCUCAGAAUGCUCGAACAAAAUUAUGGAGACUUGAUUCAGAAGCUGAACAUGAUGCCUGUCAGGACAGACACGCUGAAGAUGCGCAACAGAAAGAUUGAACUGGAGCAGAAACUGAACAAGAUUGAGGAAGGCAUAAAAGUGUUUUCCAGACCUAAAGUAUUUGUUAAAAUAGGUGCCUGAUGAACAAGCAUGGAAACUUGCGUACAUGUCUGACAUGACUCAUGCAGUGCGUCUGUGAAGUGCCUUGUGGUGUGACACACUGCUGUUGAUACACACUUGUACCUAUAAACUGCAACAAUUAAUUCACUUCUAAUUUUUAUUUGCUGCAUCCUGUUGUGUUAUAGUAUACAGUUUCUUUAUUGGAGUCGUAACACAACAAUAUCAAGGUCAAGGCCAAGAUUGGCUCAGCUACAUGUUUCGGCUAUUAAAGCUAUCAUCAGGCAAAUACAUGAUUAACAUAUUCACACACUACGAAACUGCAAUUGCGAUAGUGAAGCCGGAUACUUGAUAAUUAUUACAUUAUAAAAUGCUUGGCAUAAAAGUACAAUGAACUAGACUAUAUAAAAAUGAAAGUUAUAGGGUAAAACAAAGUUAAGACUCUUCAUGUGAUGUUUUACAACAUUAAGUUAGUUGUUGCAAUUUUGUUAUAUUCCCGCGGACAUAAUGGUAUAUUCUAGAUUUUGUGUACAUGUAAUAAACUGCUUUUGAGGCCCAUGGUAUGGAUGUAGUAUAGUAUGGAUGUUAAUUGUUUAGCUGGUGCCUCAUCUUACAAUGUAUUUGUCCGUUCUGUGGGGAAUAUAAACAGCAGACUCAGUACAUUCUACUUCUUAAGCAGAAAAUCCUUUUUCAUUCAGUGGUACAGUGGUUAUGGUGUUGCAGUUCUGGCUGUAGGAGUUACCAAUGAAGUUCAGACUGGAAAUGCUUCCUCAGAGAACCUCAUUACAAGGGAUUUGUGGUGGGAGAGCACUGUGUAUGAUGGGAAAAGCUAUGAAUGAAUGAAUGCGCAAGGGAAGGGCCCUCCCAGACCAUGCACCGCAACCCACAGUGGUCUUGGGAAAAGCUAACUGAAACAAGCCCAACUGGUAUACUGUGCAGUUUCAUUUAUAACAAUAAUCAGUAAGUGACAACUGUUAAAAUUACUUUUCUGUGAAAAUACAAACUGCUUUAAAAAUCUA